AUGCUUGUCCGCAGAGCACUCGACACCUUUCAGAUUAGCUCCCCCGAGGGCAACUACCAGUGUCUUAUUCACACUCCUCUAGGCAUAAGUCUAUUUGACUUUCGGAAUCUGCUUGCGGCAAAAGUUCUUCCUGAGAAGAUACUCAAACUGACCUUGUCACAUGUCCUUUUCGCUCUGGAUUUCCUCCAUACAGAAGCAGGCAUUGUCCAUACCGAUAUCCAAGAAAAGAAUAUCAUGCUUGGUGUUGAAGAUGACUCAAUAUUGGCUGAUUUCGAGGAGGGCGAGAAAUCUCAUCCUAGCCCCCGUAAGAUUGUUGGAGAGCGGGUUAUUUAUUCUUCGCGCAAGCUAGGAAGAACUAAAAAUCAUGGUCGACCUGUGUUAUGCGACUUUGGUCAGGCUCGCUUUGGCUCCAGCACAUACUGUGGGGACAUUCAACCGUACAUAUAUAGGGCUCCCGAAGUGGUACUGCGCAUGCCUUGGGACGAGAAAGUCGACAUUUGGAAUCUGGGCGUCUUGACGUGGGACCUUUUCCAAAAAGGACAUCUUUUCUACGCCCGAGAUUCCACCAAGCAGAAUUCCGACGCCCAUCACCUUGCUGAGAUGACUGCCAUCCUUGGGCCGCCACCGGCAGAUCUGCUUUGA